GUGUACUAAACCGCUGGUUGUUGUUGUUGUUAUAGAUUCAGCUACUCGGAACAAGAUCCAAGUAGCACGGGCUAUGGUGAGCCCGUAGCUUACCUGGCACAGGAACGGAACAAGUAGCACAGGCUACAGUGAGCCCGUAGUGGCCUGACCUGCCACAAGAGCGGUGCUGUUGGAAAAAAUCCGCCGGUAUCCAAGACCGGUUAUGUACGAUUCGACCAGCCAGCCAGCCCCUCUCCACCAGCUCCCCCAUCACCCUCCAUCACUCUCCCUCACCCCCACCACCAUCAGCUGGACGGGGAGGACCACUGCCGGGACGCCGCCGCCACUGACCACCAUGACCUCCCAGGACACCAACACUAAUGGCAACGGCAACACCCUCAAGUUAUACUACUGGUACACCUCCUUCUACUCCCAGCGGGUUCUGAUGGCUCUAUAUGAGAAACGUGUGCCUUUUAAAACACAAAUAGUGUCAUUAUUGGCUGAGGAGCAGUAUGAGCCAUGGUUUUUAAAACUGAACCCACGUGCUGAAGUUCCAGUACUCACAGAUGGCGUUAAGGUCAUACCCGACUCAAUCCGUAUCAUUGAAUAUUUGGAAGACAACUUUUCUAAUGGGCAGUUUGGGCAGCUGACUCCAAAGGAAAAAGGCAGCGAGGAAAGCAAAAAUAUCCAGAGAUUUCGAGACCUUCUAGAGACUCUUCCUAUUCCUGCUUUAACGUUCGGAACAGCCAUUCAUCCAGAACUAGUGGAUAACCCCAAACCACCAUUCACUCCACUCCUCCUUAAAAGAAUGAAAGAAACCGCUAAGACUCGCCAUGUUAUUAUAAGAGAACAUGCAGAAAAGACUCCAGAAUUCCAAGAAGCCCUCAUGGAGAAGGCAGCUGCAGCAGAGCAUGGCUCACUUAACCUAAACAAAACCAGAGAAGAAAUGGAUGAGGUGUUACAGGAGUUUGACUCGGUUCUACAGAAAGUGGAAGAUGAACUGUCAUCCCAUACUGAAGGUAAAUCAUCUUGGUGGUUGUGUGGAGAGUUGUUUAGCAUUGCAGAUAUAGACUUGGCUAUUCUUCUAAAUCGCCUUAAUUGUUUGGGCUAUGAACGAAGAUUUUGGGCUGAAGAAAAGCGUCCUCUCCUGGAGGCUUACUGGUAUAAAAUACAGAAGAGAGAUUCAUUUAAGAGAGCUACAUACUUCUCAGCAAAUGCAAUGCGUUUGACUAAACUCCGCGGAACCCUGAAGCAAAGUAAAACUUUACUAGCAUCAUUAACAGCAGCAAUGGCCAUAGCAGUUAUAUCUUACAUAGUUUAUCGAAGGGUAUUGAAAUCAUAGGAGAGAAUAUUACAUUUAUUUUUAUAGUAGAAUGAGUGUGUAGGCAGAUACAAUUUGUAGUAUUUAGUUGCAUUGUGGUUGUAUUGGGGUUGAAUGGUUUAGAGCUGUUUUUAAUAGGACUCAAUAUUGGAAAAUAUUUGAAAUAUUUAUGAAAGUAGAUUUGAAAAUGUGUGAGAGAUGUGAUGUAGAGGUGCAAGAUUCUCUUUUAGUGUAGUCAUGCUGUUAAGGAUAAAACAGCAUUUUAUCAAUGGUACUUAAUUCUGGAUCAAUUUGCCUGAAAUUGGAUUACACACAUACAUAAUGCAGUAAUAUAACAAUCCUUGUACAAAAUACUUUGGUUAAGCAUCUUGGGUAAAGUAGUGAUACCAUUACAAUGUCAGUGAUAUACAUUCCUCGUUAGAGGCAGUGCUAAGUGUUAAGGGAGGAAGGAUAACAUUAGUGUGAGCUAUCUUUGACUGGUUCACUUAAUCUUGGUGACUGAACUGAGACCAAUUACAAAUACAAAAGCUCCAAUUUUCUUAAGUGAUGCUUUCCAGUACAGUACAUGGAAUUUAUAUUUGAAUUAUAUUUUUAAUUUUGUUGGUAUAAAUGAAUGAAGAGUACUCAGGACUGAAAUGUACUUUCUGAAUUAAUUUUAUGGACGUGAGAUGAUUUCAUCUGAAGAAAUAGGUUGUGUUUGUAUGACUAAUAAAUAUUUGGAAAGUAUCUUCCUACCUCAUGUUAAUUGAAGUUCUCUUCAAACUUUCACAAACUUAUUGCAUAUCCACUCACUAAUUGUAAUUAAAUUUUGUCAUAUGUACUGUACAGUGGAACCUCGACUUACGAAUCCGUAGGAGUAAAAUACUUACGAAUUUUUUGAGUUAUGACCCCAAUUUUGUCGGAAUAUUCGACUCGACUUAAGACCUUUGCCUCGAAUGUCUGUUGAUACACAUAUGGGUGGACCAAGUGCAUGGUUCCUGGUGGCACGGGCAACCCUGCCACAGUUUACCAGAGCCACCUGUCUAGUAAUGAUCAUGCUUGAAUUCUUUGUAAAGAAUUUCAUCGAUUUUGUGCUUUUUUGUUUUGGAACAUAAAAGUAAUUAUUAGAUAUCAUGCCACGGGUCCCAAGAAAGUCAGUGGUAA